UGAGAGUAUAUUCUCACACGUACCGACGUCUUCGUUUCAUGGCAAUGUAACUGUGGCUGUGGAGCUGUACCCUUAAUUUAGAGCUGUUCGUACGUAGUAUCUCUGUCAUGAAAAAAUGAAUUGUAACGUCGUGAACAUAUUUUGCAAAGUUAUAGGUGUUCUUUUGGUUCUGUUGCUGUUAAGUGCUAGACAAGUCUCUGCUGAAAGUGUGGUGGCAUUAACAUCUUCAAAUUUUGAUGAGCAUAUAGGGAAGUACGAACUAGUCUUUCUUAAUUUUUAUGCUGACUGGUGUCGGUUCAGCCAAAUAUUGGCACCAGUUUUCGAAGAAGCAGCAAAGAAUGUCCAGGAGCACACAAAGGGGCAGGUUGGCAAAGUGCUGUUUGCUAAGGUGGACUGUGACAGGGAAACAUCUAUUGCAGCAAAACACCGCAUAACAAAGUAUCCUACGUUAAAACUAGUGCGAAAUGGUGUGGUCAUGAAACGAGAAUAUCGGGGACAGCGCUCUGCAGAAGCCAUGAAGAACUACAUCAUUGAAAUGCUAAAGGACCAGGUGAAGGAAAUACCACACGAAGCAGAGGCACAGCAUGUGGAGGAAAAGAAGCCAGCAUUGCUUGGCUACUUUGCUGGCAAGGAAACUCAGGCAUAUGCAACGUUCCGCCGAGUUGCGUCAGACUUGCGAGACGACUGCAAUUUUUACUUCGUGGCCAGGCCUACAGGAGAAAAUCUCACAGUAACAGCGGAUGCUAUUCACUUCAAACCACCUCGUGCAAAGUUUGGUGAAAAGCACGAAACCUAUCCAUCACUGCCUCACCUUUAUGAAGAACUGAAGAAGUGGGCUGGGGAGAAAUGCAUUCCGCUAGUGCGCGAGAUCACUUUUGAGAAUGCCGAGGAGCUGACAGAAGAAGGCCUGCCAUUCCUGAUCUUGUUCCACCAUCCAGAUGACAAAGAGAGCGUCGAAGAAUUCACAAAAGUUGUCCAUGAACAACUCCAAAAUGAUAAACAUGCCAUUAACCCCCUCAUUGCGGAUGGAGUCAAGUUUGCCCACCCUUUGCAGCAUUUGGGCAAAACAGUUAAAGACCUCCCUCUCAUUGCCAUCGACAGCUUCAGGCAUAUGUACCGCUUUCCAGACUUUGCUCACCUGAAAGUACCUGGAAAGCUCAAGGCAUUUGUAGAUGACCUGUAUUCUGGGAAACUUCAUCGAGAGUUCCAUUAUGGCCCUGAUCCCACGGUAGGAGGGGCUGAAACUGAAGCUCAGGCUACUGAUCCGCCCGAGUCUACAUUCAAGAACUUGGCUCCAUCUCGGCAACGAUACACUAUACUGAAGGAUGAACUGUAGCAGAGCUAUCAGGAAGAAACUGUACAGUCCGACUAAUGGUCACUGCAUUUUUCUAGGGUCAUGAGAUGUGAGGAGUGUGGUUAUUGCUAAGCUUAUGGCAGUAAACAUUUCUUAGUGCUUUGUAUAUUUUUUUUUCUUUCCUUUAAGAGAUUUGAUUACAGGCCUGCUGCACUGAGCACAAAAUGGUUUAGAAAGAGAAAUAGAAAAUCAUGUUUUAGAGUGUUGUCUUCAAUUAUUUUUAUGUUUACUACUGCCGACAGGUGCUGUGAUUAAGAUAGUGUGAUUUUGGCAAUGUACUCAUGGACUACAUGCCCCUGUUUCAUUCCUUCAAUUCCAUUGGCUUAUGCUCAUUUUUAAAGAGUUUUGUUUAAUACAUCUCCUUUGAAGUUGUUGAAUUGGCCACAUGUGUCUGUUUUGUGCAAUAUUUGUUGCAAAAUGAUAGGAAGCCAUGGCUAUUCUCGUUACUAUAAAGUGCAGCAUUUGGCUGCACUUUGGUUUUCUUAAGGCGUUUGGUUUUUAUACUUUAGUGCAGGAACCACAUUGCGUCCAUAGCAUUUUUUUAUUAUUAAUUUCGGGUUAUUGUUGCAGAUGUCAGUUGCGCCGUUUUGCCUGUUUUUUCUCCCUUUGUUGUUAGCGAACCUGUCGUUAUAUGCAUAUUUAUAUAAAGCAUGCGGAGACUCUGCAAAACACUGUAAAAAAUAGAAAAACAAGCAGCAUGAAAGGCUGUACUUGUUUUUGUACAGAGUUCGUGUUUUAUACUUCUAGUGCACCAGUUUAGGCUGUGCUGAAUGGAGGCUUAGGAUGUAUUAUUUGUUCCUUACAGCAAACUUUUAACAUUCUGAUACACGGCAUAGGCAAUGAAAUCGUGAAAUGUAAUAGUGAUAAAGAAACAAGUGAUGUACUUUUGCAAUUUGCACGUACAAAAGAAUAAUGAAUGUUUCGAUCUAAUACUGGGCUGUUCAGUAGCAUUGGAAUAUUGAUUACUCAGUGGUAUUAUUGGUGGUUAUUCAUUCUUUAUAGUUUCUUUUUUUUUUUUUGUCUAAGAGAUCAGGUGCACACAUGCAUAGGGCAGGAGUCGUUUAGCCUACCAAAGCUGCCUUGCUUCCAUUCAGUGUUUCUUUGUGAGAAAGCACGACUGUUUCUUUGCAGUAACAGAAUAACAUAUCAUUAUCCAUUCAUUCUUCUUAUUUCUUUCUUUUUUUAAUCUUAAAGAUGUGUAACAGGCACUCAUUGGAGCUUUGUAAGAAUUCAUCUGACAGCUUUGGCUUGUUAUUAGGUAGCUCUGUCUUCUCCUGUUAUAGAAGCGAUUUCUUAGUUUCCGUCUACCAAAACUAAUCAUUUCACUUGUACACAGACUAUUCUCGAGCAUAAACAGUGUAGUUAUAUGCAGUACUUUCUAUCACAACCCCCAACACCUUUUUUUGAUCGACGUAGUUUAAGUUAUCAGCAGCACUCUUAUCAUUUUCUUGAACUUUCUCAAUUUUCAGGGCCACAGUGGCCUUGUGCUAGAAAGCAUAAGCAAAACUAGAUGCUACAGCAAGAUUUUUCAUCUGCCAAAUGCGCAGUGAAUAUCUGACACAGUUGUGAAGGGGAGCUUGGAUAAAGAUUCCUAUUGCAAAGCAGUUAUUAUGCUGUUACAGUCGGGGAUCUACUGUCACUUCUCAAUGACUUUAUGUAAUGUACAAAUCGAUGCAGGAAACUGCAUUGGGUCAAGUGAGACUUUUGUUUUCAUGCCAACUUGUAUUAAUUCAAAAUAGUAAUAUAAGGAAGGAAUUGCACUGUCUGUAGUGGUCUAGAGGUGAUCACCCUUGUCUCUGUUACAAAUUAAAACUGCCCAGCAUUGGUUAUGAGAAGGCAAAUGAGCAUAGCUUGCUCUGGCUCUCUGCUUUCAGAGAAUGGCUUAUCGCAGUUAGAAGUCUGACUUGAUGCUUUGGUGGUCACAUCAUCUCAGAUUGCGUCUAUUUUGUAUAUGUAGCCAGUGUUAAGUAUGGCUCUAUUGGCCAUUUAUAUGGUGUGGUGAAGAAAGAGGCUUGCAAUUGUGGUUCUCUGGCCAGGAACACUGUUCCCCCUUCUCUUUUUUGAAUGAAUGUGGUUUUAUGCUUGCUGGGCACACGGUCACUUUGUAAGAUAAGGAAAACUUGGGAUAAUAAAUGUUGGGGGCUUAUUUAGCA